CCUGUUGAGACAAAGGGUGUGUGCUCCUGGCCAGGACACCUGAGUGGUGGAACUAUCUGCUGUCUGCAUCAAAGCCCCCAGGAUAUAAAGAAAAUCCCUCAAGGGCCCAGCUCACCACUAUGAGGUCCUUCCCACGGAGAUGCCGCUGCCUGGGCCAGGCGGUCCAGUGGCCCUUGCUUUUGGCUGUGCUGAUCGUCUUCCUCUUCACCCUGCCCACCUUUGUUAAGGAACGUAACACAAAGCCUUCUAGGUAUCAAGAUAUAGAGAAUAUUAAAGAACGUUCUCCAGAAGCGAAUUCCCAGGCACCCACAGUGGGAAGGAGGACAACCGCCCGUGUAGAGUCAGCUCAAGAGAAGAGUGUGCUCCGCAAGCAACACGAGAGUGCAGGCCAUGCUGCUGAAGAGAACAGAACAGAGAAGCCCAGGAAAGACUCAGCGGUAGAGGCCUCACCUGGGGAGCAGAUCAGAGUGCCCCCCACAGCAAUGAUGGGGUUACCAAAGAGUCCGGGAAAAAAGAAAACCAUGGUGGAGACAUUAUCACCAGGAAGCCAAGACAAAAGGACGACCGUCGAGAGGACAGGGAAACCCUCACUGCAGAGUCAGGACAUGAAGAUAGCUAGAGGGAGAGAGAGCCAGCACAAGCAACUGACAACCGCAAGGAAGGUGCCCGUGAAGCAUCAGGGCAAAGGGGCCACCACAGCAAAGACACUCACUCCAGGAGAUCAGGGCAUGAUGCCGAACACCUCAGCAGGAGUACAAGGAGGACUUCUCUCAAAGAGGAGUAGAAAGAAGGGAACUACCCCAGCAGUUGUCCAGAAGAAAAGGACCUCAGUGCAGUCAAAAGGUCUACCAGCCAAUGAGAGGCCCCCUUCCCAGAGUCCCACUAUACCAAGAGCUCAGAGACUGAAGGCCACCAACUUCAAGUCUGAGCCUCGGUGGGAUUUUGAAGAAAAUUAUAGCUUGGAAGUGGGGGGGCUACAGACGUACUGUCCUGACUCUGUGAAGAUCAAAGCCUCCCAGUCUCAGUGGCUCCAGCACCUCUUUCUGCCCAACCUCACCCUCUUCCUGGACUCCAAACGCUUUACCCAGAGCGAGUGGGAGCGCCUGGAACACUUCGCACCGCCCUUUGGCUUCAUGGAGCUCAAUUACUCCUUGGUACAGCAGGUCGUGAGUCGGUUUCCCCCAGUGCCCCAGCAGCAGCUGCUCCUUGCCAGCCUCUCUGCCGGGGAGUUCCAGUGCAUCAGCUGUGCCGUGGUGGGCAACGGGGGCAUCCUGAACAACUCCCAUAUGGGCCGGGAGAUAGACAGCCACGACUAUGUGUUCCGACUGAGUGGAGCUGUCAUUAAGGGGUAUGAACAGGAUGUGGGCACUCGGACGUCCUUCUACGGCUUUACCGCCUUCUCCCUGGUCCAGUCCCUUUAUUUGCUGGGCAACCUGGGCUUCCAGAGCGUGCCUAUGGGGAAGAACAUCCGCUACCUGCACUUCCUGGAAGGCACCCGGGACUAUGAGUGGCUGGAAGCCCUGCUUCUGAAUCAGACCCUGGGAAAUAGCUUUCACUGGUUCAGGCGCCGGCCCCGGGAAGCUUUUCGGGAAGCCUUGCAGUUGGACAACUACCUGUUGCUGCACCCAGACUUGCUCAGAUACAUGAAGAACAGGUUUUUGAGGUCUAAGACCCUGGACACUACCCACUGGAGAAUAUACCGCCCCACUACGGGAGCCCUCCUGCUGCUCACUGCCCUUCAGCUCUGCGACCGGGUGAGUGCCUAUGGCUUCAUCACCGAGGGCCAUGAGCGCUUCUCUGAUCACUACUAUGAUAAGACGUGGAAGCGACUGAUCUUUUACGCAAACCACGACUUCAAGUUAGAGCGAGCACUCUGGAAGCGGCUACAUGACGAAGGUAUAAUUUGGCUGUACCAGCGCCCAGAACUUCCAAAGUCAAGAACUGACUGA